AUGCCCAAGGCCGGGGGGUCCAAAAACAAGGCGAAGCCCGAGGUGCAGCUUCCCGACUUUCCAGACCACACGGAUUGGACGGGAUGCAGCAAAGCUGAGACUUACCACGCAUGCGAGUCUCGCGGUUUGGCGACCGCCGGGAGCAAAAAUCAUCGUAUCAAACUCCUCUUCUUGCACAGCGCAGCCAAGGGUCACCGUCCUGCCAUCCUCUGGGUCCAGGGCAAGAAUCAGGAAGCCAUAACCACGAGUGAAACCAGGUGGAAGAAGGCCAAAUAUCGAAACCAUCCUGACAGGCCGCCAAGACCCUCCGAGAAGCCUGUGGAUCAUACAUCACCUACAGACUGUCACAUCAUCACCGUCGGCCCACCAAACUCGCCUCCUCUUCCUGACAUCCCAUUCUUGCCGAUGGAGAGAAUGGAGCAGGAUCAGCUCCCGCGGGCUGACCAGCUCCUGGCGAAACCCGUCGCUGGGGCCAUGCAUGAUACGAUGAUGCAGACUGCAAAUAUCGUGCUGGAUGGAACUCGUUUGUUUAUCGUGGCAUCUGCCGAGAUGACGACUCUUCCCAUCCCAACUUCGACCUUCACGUUCUUCGACCCUCGAGACAAGUCGGUCACUACUGUGGUCAAAAACAACAUCAAGUCCUCCAGUGGCCGAGAUGCCAGCACAUCGACUGUACCACGCCGAUCGACUGACACUCCCCUGCCCUCUCCCCUAGACAUGGAGCUUUACGGGGUCCAAGGGCGCCGGGCCCUCGAGAGUCAGCGAGGAGCCCUGCCAGCCAACCCUUCAGCCCGUUUCCAGAUCCGGACCUUCGCCGACAGCACCUGCCCCGUAUGCUGCCGGCCCUGCGCGGAGAACGACGGCCAGACCCCCUCGGAAGGAGACGAUACGACGCCCGGCGCCCGCCCCGACUCCACCCUGCACUGCACAAGCUGCGGCCACCACGCCCAUCGGCAGUGCUUCCACGUGUGGGCAGAAUUUCUGGCGCUCUACGCCGGCCGCCUGUCGUGUGCUGUCUGCCUCCAGCCGUGGAGCCAGAGGGGCGACUGGGGCGUGCCGGGCCUCCGGAAGGACGCGCUGCAGAAGAAGGCCGAGAGGGAGUGGCACCUGCGAGAUGUCGCGUGGGAGAAGGAGGCUGAAAAGGCCCGACUCCUGGGUGGAUGGUAG